AUGGCUGCCCAGGGCCCAUCUCCAAUCCCAACCAACCGCCUAAAGCAGAUUGCCGCCGAUGCCUGUAACGAUGCAAUCGGCAGCGCAGAGUUCUAUGAUCACGCCAAGACCGAGCAGUGGAACCAUCAAAUCAUUAACACGAUACUCAAGGCCGUGAUCGCUGAGUCCCAGCCUUCAGACAGCACAGCGCCCCCGCAGUUCAAGUUCGCCGUCAACAGCACCAUCGUACAGCACCUGGUGCCCUCUUCAAAGCUAAACAAGCCCGCGGGUGGCGCCGACGACAAACCUGCCAGCACCGCGACUAGCACGGAUGGCAAGCCGCACGUCGGCCGAAGGGGCAUGCACAGCGCCACGGGAGCCUUCUGGAACGACAAGACGGACGGCAUGUGGACGUACAAGCACGAGGGCGACGAGAGCAAGGGGAUGGACGUUGUGGUCAUGCUGAUCUGGAUUGCUGUAUGA